AUGGCCUCGAUCAUGGCUCACGACCCUCAAAGUGAGGCCAUCGGAUAUUCCUUUGCUCAACCAAGCAGCGCCGCAGUCAGAGAACACUCAUUCUACCCAUAUACCGACAAUGGCGGCUCUACCCUGGGAAUCACAGGUUCCGAUUUUGCGAUUCUAGCGGGUGACACUCGUUCUGUUGCGGGCUACAACAUUAAUUCUCGCUACGUUCCCAAGGUUUUCAAGAUUGGAGGUGAUGCUGAGACAGGGGAGGGUGCCCACAUUCUGCUCUCGGUCGUGGGUUUCGCCGCAGAUGGUCAAGCACUCAAGGAGCGGCUAGAUGCGGUGGUAAAGAUGUACAAGUACCAGCAUGGAAAGCCCAUGUCUGUACGAGCUUGUGCUCAACGGCUAUCGACUAUUCUUUACCAGAAGCGCUUCUUCCCUUACUACGUCCAUGCGAUCCUUGCGGGCUUGGAUGAGGAAGGUAAAGGGGCGUUGUACAGCUACGAUCCAGUCGGCUCGUACGAAAGGGAGCAAUGCCGAGCAGCAGGGUCGGCAGCGAGCUUGAUCAUGCCGUUUUUGGACAAUCAAGUUAAUUUCAAGAAUCAGUACAUCCCAGGCAGCGGGGAAGGACAUGCCCUUGAGCCCAAGAAGGCAGAGCCAUUACCGAGGGCGACAGUCGAACAACUAGUUCGGGACGCAUUCACUAGUGCUGUUGAGAGACAUAUCGAAGUCGGAGAUGGUUUACAGAUGAUGGUGAUCACCCAGAGAGGGAUAGAGGAGAUCUAUACACCUUUGAAGAAAGACUAG